AUGGACCGGAUGAAGAUAAUCAAACGGAGGCUGUCCAUGUCUUUACGCAGUGCUCGACCCGUUGAUGACUCUCUAUCUGAAUUGGCUGAGCAGAUGGCUUUGGAUGAGCCAUCAAUAACCCGGGAUAAUGAGCCAAUGGUGGUGAGCGCCAUGCAUCCUCCUGCCUCCCACAGCGCUCCCUCCUUCCUGCGUCAGUAUGCUGGUCAUCUGGGCCGCACUGCCCUGCGGAGAGAGCCGGGUGGGGGGCUGGAAAGAGACAGAGCCUAUCUAAGCCUCCACAGGACUGGAUCUCUGGGUAUUGUCCAUGAGAAUGUGAAGAUGGGUUCAGACGGGGAGAGCGAUCAAGCUUCCGGAACGUCCUCUGAUGAGGUCCAGAGUCCAGUCAGGGUCCGUAUGAGGAACAACCACCACCGACGCAUCUCUAAUGAGGACAUAAAUAAACGUCUGUCUCUCCCAGCUGAUAUCAGGCUACCGGAGGGCUACUUAGAGAAGUUUGCCAUGAACAGCCCGCCCUUUGACAAGCCCAUGAGCCGCAGGCUACGACGCGCUUCAUUGUCUGAAAUUGGCUUCGGAAAACUUGAGACCUACAUCAAACUAGACAAAUUAGGGGAGGGAACAUAUGCUACUGUUUUUAAGGGGCGAAGCAAACUAACAGACAACUUGGUAGCUCUGAAAGAGAUCCGACUGGAGCACGAAGAGGGUGCACCGUGCACGGCCAUCAGAGAAGUGUCUCUACUGAAAGACUUGAAGCACGCCAAUAUUGUCACUCUCCAUGACAUUAUCCACACUGACAAGUGCCUGACACUCGUUUUUGAGUAUCUAGAAAAAGAUCUGAAACAGUACAUGGAUGACUGUGGAAGCAUAAUGAGUGUACACAACGUCAAGAUCUUCCUAUUCCAGUUGUUGAGAGGUCUUGCCUACUGCCAUCGAAGGAAGGUCCUCCACAGGGACCUCAAACCCCAGAAUCUACUCAUUAAUGAGAAAGGGGAGCUGAAACUCGCAGACUUUGGUUUGGCACGCGCCAAGUCUGUCCCCACAAAGACCUACUCAAAUGAAGUAGUGACUUUAUGGUACCGACCUCCAGAUGUGCUUCUAGGCUCCACUGAGUACUCUACGCCCAUAGACAUGUGGGGCGUAGGCUGCAUCUUUUAUGAAAUGAUCACUGGAAGGCCUCUUUUCCCUGGAUCAACCGUGGAGGAUGAACUUCACCUCAUAUUUCGUAUCCUCGGCACCCCCACAGAAGAAACCUGGCCUGGCAUCAGCACCAGUGAAGAGUUUAAGACAUAUAAUUUCCCCAAAUAUACUGCAGAACCGCUUGUUAACCACGCUCCUAGGAUAGACAACGAUGGUCACGACCUCCUCUCAGUGCUCCUGCAGUUCGAGGCAAAAAAGCGAGUGUCAGCCGAGGAUGCUCUCAGACAUGCAUAUUUCAGAACUCUUGGCGAGCAGGUUCAAAUCCUGGCUGACACUGCGUCAAUCUUCUCUGUAAAAGGUGUUCAGCUCCAAAAAGACCCUGGGAAGAGAACCUCAGUCUACCCAGAGUCAACGAUGGCCCAUAAGCUAGGCUCCGCACCCUCGCAGUACUUCCAGAGAGAAGCAGCCAAUCCCAGGCCUCAGAGUCACAAUCUGUCCUCCACUUCUACUGGCUGA